AAUAUCCUUGAUUCAAGUUUAUUAUUACGCAUCUGCAAUUUAGCGACAAGCCAUUUGUCACCUGCCAAGCGUCUGUUUCUUUUGCAGUCUUGGGAGCUCCGAGCUCUCCACUCUUUCUGUCUCUCCUCUCACGGUCUUUCGUCCUGAAGGUAUUCCGGGAAAGGAUACAAGAAAAGAUCCAAGGCAAGAAAAAUCAGCCACUUGAAGAAGGAUCUCAAAUAUGUCUGCGCUCUUCAAUUUCCAUUCAUUUCUGUCGGUAGUGCUGCUAGUAAUCUGCACCUGCACUUACGUGAAGAUGCAGUUCCCAGCUAUCCUCGAACAGAAAACUGGGUUUCGAGGUUUCUUCUGGAAGGCAGCUAGAAUAGGUGAGCGUCUGAGUCCUUGGGUAGCUGUGGGCUGCUUCGCGAUGGGUGUGUCAAUAAUAUUUUCCUGAACAUUGAGGGUCCUGGUUGUAUACUUGAGUAGAAGCAGCUACCUUACCCAUUUCGCUCUGAUGCGUCCAGUGUUUUGAUGUAAAAUGCUAAUAUUUGAGUACUCGUUACAAAUGCUCUUGGCAAAUAUUUGCUUAAUAAUGAUUCAUGCUCUCGCAAAUCCAAAAAGAA